AUGACGGUGGAGGAAGAAGAAGAACAGGCCACCGCGCGAUGGUCGCUCGAUUCGGCUCACGAGGAAGAUGCGCUGAGGGAAGCAGACUCGAAUAGAAUGCGCGGUUCCGAGCGGCAGCCACGAAGGCACGACAGAAGCUACAGAGUCAGCUUUGCUCCUUCCGAACGAGAAAUCGAAACUGAGCGCGCUGUGGCGCUAGAAGAAGCCGGCCUCUUGGAGGUGGCGCGCAGAAGACGGAGGAGGUGAGUGAGGGGCAAGGCUCUCGACCGAGCAUGAGUCAUGACUGGGCUGACGUGAUCUCUUCUGCUUGCGAUGCUCAGAUCAUACAUUGCAGUGUACCUGUCCAUCUUCAGCGUCAGCUACGUCACCUCUUUGGACGCCAACACCGGCUUCCUCUAUCUCAACUUGGCCUGCUCCGAAUUCGAUGCCUUGGCCUCCUUUUCCACCAUCGCCAUCGCGCAGCAGCUGUGCUACGCCAUUGCAAAGCCGUGAGUGUAGAUGCAAUUAUGGCUUGAUGAGCUUUCUCGCAAAUCGUGAAUGUGGCUGCACGGACUUGAAAGCUCAUACCGCGCUCUCCACAGGCCAAUCGCGAAGCUCAGCGAUGUUUGGGGCAGAGCGGAAGCUUAUAUGCUAUCGCUGCUUCUAUAUAUGCUGGGUAUCGGACUGAUUUCAACAGCUCACUGCCUCCAAAAGCUCCUCGCCGGCAUCGUUCUCCAGGCGUGCGGUAAUACCGGCGUGCAGGUGUGAGUAAGCCGCCACGCGUCAUGAAAAGGAUACGCUUUGCGUGCUUAAAACCCGAACGUCCUUUGCAUAUGGGAUGCACAGUCUGCAAAGCAUCAUCAUCGCGGACACAACCACCGCUCAGUGGAGAGGGGUAUGUACAAUGCCGCAGACCUCACCAUGAAAGCCUACUCCCACUUACUGUCUGCGCGCCCUUCUUUCCGCGAAAGCUCGCCAUCGGUAUCGUGAACACGUGAGCACCACUAGUCUCAUGCCACAGUCGCAAGCGUGGGCUAAGAGAAUCCGCUGCGACUUGACAUCUCACUCAGUCCUUACCUCAUCAACUUCGCCAUCGGUGGUCCGCUGGUACGCGCCGUGCUGGACAACAACCUGGGCUGGAGAGGUGGCUACGCUCUUUGGCUCAUCUUCCUCCCUAUCUCUGCAGCACCUCUUCUGAUCACAUUGAUCGUCGGUCAAAGAAGAGCAAAGAAAGCUGGCAUUCUUGUUCGCGAUCCCGUCUUUCGCAAUGGCUUCUUCAAGGCGCUCAAGCGCCUUGCUGUGGAUAUCGAUGCGCUCGGCCUGCUCCUUUUCAGUGCCGGUCUUGCGCUCUGCCUUGUUCCCUUGACUCUGGCUAGCAGAGGCACUCGAAGAUCAGGUCAGUCCGUCCAGGAGCCGCGGAUGGGAGAGCCAGCAUUACAAUGAGCUGACAGACCGUUUCACCCGAUGCCACCCGACAUUCUGACAGAGGCACCGGCGUGCGCUUUGGCCGGCCUUGGACUUCUUCUUGCCUUUGCAUAUCAACAGACGCGCGCCCAAGUACCCAUGAUACCGUACAGAAUAUUGCGCAACACGACAGUGGUCAGCAUCUGCAUGAUCGCUGUUGUGGAUUUUGCGAGCUUCUACCUCAGCUGGACGUUUGUCUCGGCGUUCGUACAAGUUGCCAAGGGCUGGGACCAAGCAAAGACAGGCUACUUUGCGUGAGUGGCGUGCAUGUAGUGCUUUCGAUUGUGCCUUGACUGAGAAAAUCUCAAUCCUUUGGGCUUUACAGUACAACGCAAAACGUCACAUCAACAGUGGUCGGCAUAUUUGUUGGCUGGCUCAUGGCAAAGACGCGUCGCUUCAAGACGAUCCUAGUCACCGGCGUCCUGGUCCGCCUGCUGGGCGUUGCGAUGAUGGUCCGGUACCGCAACGCGGACACGCCGUCGCUCAUUCUCGUGCUCUCGCAACUAGCCCAGGGAGCGGGUGGGGGUCAGAUUGCCAUCACGAUGCAAGUUGCCGUUCAGACCGCCGUAAGACAGGCGGAUGUGGCUCUAUCUACUGCGCUGGAGCUAUUGUUCGCCGAGGUUGGGGCGGCAAUGGGCAGUGCACUUGCUGGACUCGUCUUCUCCAGAGACCUUCCUCCUGCACUCGCUCGAUCCCUGGUGAGUUGCGUGCAAGCCUGCCUUCACCGUGAAGCAAUUCUUACCUUUAGCCGUAUGUCUACUCUACUCAGCCUGAAAUGCCAGAGGCAGAGCGUCGAAGGAUAUACGGCAGCCUGAGCGUCGCGCUCUCGUACCCGCUCGGCACUCACGAGCGUACAGGUAUCACCCUCGCUUGGACCUCGGUGAUGCGGACCCUGUGUAUUCUGGCAGCCGUGGUUCUGCUUCCAGCCAUCGUUUUCAGCCUGUCUUUGCCCAACGGUCAGCUCGUGGACGCCAAUCAUCCCGAGGACGAAGCUGGCGUCGUAGGCGUCGCGAGAAGACGAUCGAGUGCGAGGUCAAGGAGAGCCUUGCAUAGGCAGAGCGUGAAUGCGGCAAGCCUCUCACGCUCCAACACGGAUCGAUCAGGCCGAGAAAGACCACACACCAUUGGCAGCUCUGGAGACCUUGCCAUAGGCUCCUUCGAUGGACUGGGUGCACCUCAUGUCUCGAGUCUCGAAACACGAUCAUGA